AUGUUAUUUUCCUCUUUUGCCAGCCAGUUCCCGUUUGCUCUAGCCUCCCCUGUAUUCCACGGUUACUGCGGCUACAACAACAAAUUGCUCCGUUGUCAGCUGAAAGACUGCAAAUGGCAGGUCGCAUUUACAGGUCGUCUUCGGCUUUUAGUCUUCUUCAUUCGACGUAAGUGGUGGGUUGGUUACCAGAAACAAGGAUACCCCUUCCUGUAUAACCCCUUCCUGUAUGCCCCCUUCCUGUAUACCCCCUUCCUGUAUGCCCCCUUCCUGUAUAACCCCUUCCUGUAUGCCCCCUUCCUGUAUAACCCCUUCCUGUAUGCCCCCUUCCUGUAUGCCCCCUUCCUGUAUAACCCCUUCCUGUAUGCCCCCUUCCUGUAUACCCCCUUCCUGUAUGCCCCCUUCCUGUAUAACCCCUUCCUGUAUGCCCCCUCCCUGUAUGCCCCCUUCCUGUAUGCCCCCUUCCUGUAUACCCCCUUCCUGUAUGCCCCCUUCCUGUAUGCCCCCUUCCUGUAUAACCCCUUCCUGUAUACCCCCUUCCUGUAUGCCCCCUUCCUGUAUGCCCCCUUCCUGUAUGCCCCCUUCCUGUUUGCCCCCUUCCUGUAUACCCCCUUCCUGUUUACCCCCUUCCUGUAUACCCCCUUCCUGUAUACCCCCUUCCUGUAUGCCCCCUUCCUGUAUGCCCCCUUCCUGUAUACCCCCUUCCUGUAUGCCCCCUUCCUGUAUGCCCCCUUCCUGUAUACCCCCUACCUGUUUACCCCCUUCCUGUAUACCCCCUUCCUGUAUGCCCCCUUCCUGUAUGCCCCCUUCCUGUAUAACCCCUUCCUGUAUACCCCCUUCCUGUAUACCCCCUUCCUGUAUGCCCCCUUCCUGUAUACCCCCUUCCUUCUUGUAAAGGCCAAGUGCUUCCCACUGCCAGUGAAAGAAACCCAACUCAAACUCUGA